AUGGUAAGGAUAGUUGAUACAAACUCCAACAAUGAUGUUUGGACGAAGGUAGUAAACAAAAAUGGUAGUGGGAAAGUUAUUACGAAAUGGGAUGUCUCUGGUAGCGGAAGAAGGAAAGGAAACGGGUUGUCUCUUUCAACAUUCUUCGUUAUUAAGUUCAACGACAAAUGGAGGGCCAAUGAUCUGUAUGUAGAGUUCAAACUCUUGGGAGAUAUUAAUGAGGUCUUCGUCCCUCCCAAGAGGGACAAAAGAGGCAGAAGAUAUGGAUCCGUCCGUUUUUUCAAUGUAGAAGAUGAAAGACGAACAUUUGCCGAUGUAACCCAAAAUAAUCUGGAUACGUGUCUUAAGGAAGUGAAAGGGAUUAGGUUGACAACACGUUCUUUGAGUUACUCAGCAGAUGUAGAUGACAUGAGAUGGCUCGUGAAAGCGUUUGUAGGGAAAGCUCUUGAACCAGAGAUGACAUACAACAUGAAGAGGCUUUUCAAUGAUGAUGGAAUUUUUUCAAUUAUAGUUACACCUCUAGGAGCUAAUUUCUGUCUCCUAGAAGAUUUGGUCGACGGGAUCCCUUGCCAUGCUUGGAAUGCUAAGUUCUUUGAGCUCAUUUUUGCAUCCCUGGGUACAUAUGUCAAUUGCGAUGUUAACACCCUAAUUAAGCUUAGUUUGGAUGUGGCCAUAAUAAGUAUUAGAACGAGGCCAGGGAAAGGUGGUAGUGAUCGCGUGGAAAAUAUUGGGCCUACUGAUGGCACAAAUUUAACGAAAGGCCCAAGAACAUUUAAUGAUGCUUGUAAGAAGCUUAAAACCGUAAAGCCUAAGAGAAGAAAAGUGAAAGAAGUAAGGGAUUUAGGGGAAAAGGUGGAGUUUAUCCCUUCCUAUUAUGCUUGUAUUUUCCCCAGAAAGAACGGUGAAACUUAUAUCUUUUCUAGUUCUACGAAAGCUGGCAUUAGGGAGGAUGAUAGUAUUUCCAAUGGAACCUUCCCUUUCUGUAAUUCAUUGAUAGACUCUGAAGUCCUUCGUUGCAACAGAAGGUUGUUAAAGAAUGAGGAAUCUGAAGUGGGUAAGAAGAUAUGGGAUUUGAUUACAAAGCUAGGAGCAGUCAGUCGUGUGGAAAGAGUCGUUAGCAUCAAAGAAGUGGAGAAUAUGGAGUCCAAAGAUAAGAAGGGGGUUUUGGAAAAGAAGGCGGUAUUAAAUGUGUUGUUAUGA